AUGUCCGCUACGAUACACAAGUGCAGCAGUAGAAGCGAAGAAGAUUCGCCCAGCACCAGCAGCAGCAGCAGCAGACCGACGAGAAACAGUGGAAACAACAGAAUGGCGUACCGAAGCAAACAGAUGACGAUGCACCUGAUGAGCAGCAGCAGCACCAGCACCGGCGGCAGCCCGGCGCUAGUGUUUGCCCUGUUGACGGUCCUCAUCAGUCAGUGCAUCGUUCGCGUUGACAGUUGGGUGCCAGAUGGCCAGAGCAAGAUACGCAUCCUAUACGAUGCCACCGUACCAUCCUUUUUCGGUAAUAGCACCGACCACUUUAAGUUGCUGGACCAGGACGAAAACACGCUGCUCAUUGGCGCCCGAAAUGCGAUGUACAACAUCAGCAUCGAGCGGUUAGUGGAGGUGCCGGGGCAGCGUAUCAGUUGGCCCUCGUCCGACGCCCACCGGGAGCUGUGCACGCUCAAGGGCAAGCACGAGCAGGACUGCCAGAACUACAUCCGAGUGUACGCCCCGGUCGCUCCGAACCGCCGGAUGGUUUGCGGUACGAACUCCUUCAAGCCCCUCUGCCGGUACUACAACGUGCUGCCCGGAAACGGGACGCUUGUGUACGACAACAACGAGCUAGAGGCGCAGGGCCGCUGCCCGUACAACCCGCAGCACAACAGCACGUACGUGUUCACCGAUGGGCAGCUGUACGCGGCGACGGUGGCCGACUUCUCCGGUGCUGAUCCGCUGAUCUACCGCGAGCCGCAACGGACGGAGCAGUUCGACAGCAAGCAGCUGAACCAACCGGCGUUCGUCAGUGCGAUCGAGCACAACGGGUACGUGAUGUUCUUCUACCGGGAGGUGGCGAUCGAGUACAUGAACUGCGGCAAGGCGGUGUAUUCCCGGGUGGCGCGGGUCUGCAAAAACGACAAGGGUGGACCGUACCCGUUCCAGGAUCGGUGGACGUCAUUCCUGAAGGCGCGCCUCAAUUGCUCCAUCCCCGGCGAAUAUCCCUUCUACUUCGACGAGCUACAGGCUACAACGAAAACGAUACAAGGACUGUACGGAGGGGAUCGCAACAAGAUCAUCUACGCCAUCAUGACCACGCAGGAAAAUGCCAUCGGCGGGUCGGCCGUGUGCGCAUUCUCCGUGCAGGACAUCAUGGACGCGUUCGAGGGUCCGUUCAAGGCGCAGCGCGAUAUCCACUCGAACUGGCUGCAGGUACCACCGAGCGCCGUACCGGAACCGCGGCCCGGCAAGUGCGUCGACGACAGCCGGACGCUCCCGAAGGCGUCGGUCAACUUCGUCAAGACGAACAACCUGAUGGACAACUCGGUCCGUUCGCUCCACUCGCGGCCCGUGUUCACGCGCGUCAGCCUAUACUAUCGUCUAUCGGCGAUUGCCGUCGACCCGCAGGUGAAGGCGCUCGAUGGCCACCGGUACGAUGUGGUGUUCGUCGGCACGAACGACGGCAAGGUGGUCAAGUUCGUGAACAUCCUGUCGGCGAACAGCUCGGACGAUGUGCGCACGGUGGUGAUCAGCGAGACGCAGGCGUUCCCACCGGGCACCAAGAUCAACGAGCUGACGAUCUCGAAGCGCCACUCGAAGCUGAUCGUCAUCAGCAGUGGCAAGAUCAUCUCGCUCCCGCUGCACACGUGCAACGACAAUGGCUACAAAGCGUGCCGCAAGUGCCUGGAGCUGCAGGAUCCGUACUGCGCGUGGGACGACACGAACCGGGACUGCAAGACGAUCGAGGCCGUGCACGCGUCGGGUGCCUCGAUCGAUCGGUUCUACCAGCGAUUGGAUGGGGAGCGGAUUGGAGAAAUUUGUCGCAAGUACGAUCAACAGGAACCGACGAGGAAAACGUAUGACGAUAACGACGUGUACACGCCCGUUGAGGGAUCCGGGACAGUGGUGGAGAAACCGGACAAACCGUACGAUCAGCGCAGCGUCUAUAUCGUACACAACCACGGUACGGUGUCGUCCAUCGGGCCGGACGACAUCGAUAAUGAAAUCUCGAUGUCGUCGGGCGAGAACGACCAGCAGAACCGGGUCAUCCAAUAUCAUCCUAAGCCUGAUACAUUCGUGAACGAAAAGAUCAAUCUGGCGUCGUUCAACUGGGUGAUGGUCGCUAUCGGCGGUAUAUUCGUGUUGUUUUUCGGAAUAGUGAUCGGUUGUGCCGCUUCCCGCAGGGGAAUGUUCAAUAAAUCGCUAUCUGGUGGAGAGCACCGCAACCAACUGAACUGGCACAGCGGCAAAAGCCUCACGAUGCUGUCGCAAAACCGAACGAGUGGCAAAGACGUGAAUCUGCUCAUGAACACCACGAACCAGUACCACACGCAGCAGCAGGCGAUCGUGCAGCAGCUGCAGCAGCACCAUCAGAAUAACUGCAAGGACAACAUCGACUUCGACUACAAGGAUCGCAGCGUGGAGUGCAAAAACUCGACGGAAAACCUCGAGAAGGACAUCAGCAAGGGCAUGGGCACGCUGCAGAAGGUGAAGAAGACGUACAUAUGAUCGCUAUGCGCUACUAAACACUACCUCUACCAGUAAUCGGUUGGCGCCGUUUCGAUCACCGUUCGGGCACCUUCCGCCUUCACUCCUCCGGUGCACCGUUCCUACUCUUCCUUUUUCUAUCGGGACGCCGGAGGCUACCGUACACGCUACCCUACCGGAUCUGGCGCUUUUGUGGUGGUUGGUAUAUUAUCUCUGUUAUGUUGGGUGCGUUUAUGUUUUAACCAAUGGUCGGAUGGUUUACUUGCUAAGCAAAAACUAUAUACAACAUGCGUACACGCCGAUUACCUAUCGUGGCACACAACACCAGUUAAAGCAAGAUAAAGCUCAUCGAUCAAUGAUAUUUGUAUGGCUUA